UUUAAUUCGCCAUCUUGGCUUCCGGGAAGAUGAGAUAAAAAAUGCAUUUAAAAGAAGGAUGAACUAAAACAAAUUCUGACUAAGAUCUUUGUUUUAAAUUAGUUUGUAAGAUAAGGAAGAAUCGAUUUUUCUGUUCGUUGGACAUCUCAGACAGUCGUGCACAUCUUGAGCGUUGAAAACAAACAUUUUUUAUUGUGUCAAGUGCUGUUUUGGCUUUUGCUGCAUUUAGUCUUUUUUUUUGGAUAAAAAAAAUCAACUUAAACAGUGUCAAUAAUCAUCAAAAACAUGGCUGAGCCAUAGGAAAUUGACAGACUUCAUCAGUGUCCAUUCUUGUUGUUGUUGUUUUGGUAUACAUGAUUUUGUAUCCAUCGAAAGCUAAGUGUAUUUUGUUUGUGGUACAAACAGAUAAUUUGACUCAUAGUGUCGUUUUUUGAGCAGUUGGAUAUUAUAUUGAUUGUUAUAUAUGGUGAUAUGUUUCGGACAAAUAAAUUAAAAUAGAAACAAUUUAAGACAGAAUCAUACCAGAAUGGAUUCUAAAAAGUUUGCAACUCCACAAGAAGAAAUCAACUACUGGAGGGGAUCGGCGCAGAAGUUUAAACAGGAGUUGGAGGAGACCCGUGAGGAGCUGGAAGAGUUCCAGAUCAGCAGUCGGGAACUCGAGGCCGAGCUGGAGGCCCAGUUGGAACAGCUCGAAAAAAAAAACACCACCCUAGAACAGAACAACUCCAAACUACAACAUGAGGUCGACUCACUUAGGCACAAGUUGGAAAACCUUCAGUCAAAUAGUCAUACCCACAUCUCAGACCUCGAGGGAGAGCUACUGCAGGUGAGAGCCUUCAAGGAUGAGCUACAGAAAUACAUACGAGAACUUGAGCAGGCCAACGAUGACCUCGAGAGGGCAAAGAGGGCAACAGUUGUGUCAUUAGAAGACUUUGAAACAAGAUUGAAUCAGGCAAUAGAGCGAAAUGCGUUCUUGGAGAGUGAACUAGAUGAAAAGGAGACACUGUGUGAGACCGUCCAGAGGCUUAAGGAUGAGGCUAGAGAUUUACGUCAAGAGAUAGAUGUGAAGGAUAAAUCUGGCCCCAACUCCUCGGCCACCACCCCCACCAAUACUCAAACCAUAGGGAGCCGACUAGCCGGCAACACAACCAACAAUAACAACAUCAUCCUGAAAUCUCCGUCAAACAUACCAGUGAAGAAUGGCAUCCAGGAGAACCAUGUAGACCAGCAGACCUGUAAUGUUACGCCAAGUAAUAAAGGAAUGCCAGCAAUUAAUGGAGGCACGCCGCUUACCCCUUCAGCCCGAAUAUCUGCACUUAACAUAGUUGGUGAUCUUUUACGCAAAGUGGGAGCCCUAGAAAACAAGUUAGCCUCUUGCCGAAACUUUGUAAAAGACCCGCCCCGCGGUAGCGCAGCUAGAGGGGGCACAAGCCCUGUUAACUCGCCCAGCUCAGCUCUUUGGACUAGAAUAAGACAGUUUACAGGUCCAAAAGAAUGAGCCGGGGGUCUGUAGUUCAUCCACAGCCAAAUGUGAAAAUCCCUGUAUAACCCUGGAGAAUCAUCCUGCCAUUGCAGUUGUUGUCAUGGAAAUCGUGUGUCUUCUACAAGCCUACACCAGACUUUCCUACGCCACAACUCAGCCUUGCUUACAGAAAAUCAUGAGAUUUCAAGACACUGUUAUUUAGAAUGGCUUACCUUAAUUAUUAUACAUACGUGAUACAUUUUUUUGCACAUUGAAACAUGUAUUCCCAGGCUUCAUCAAAGCUGAUUCCAUUUAAAGCUAGUGUUAUUCUGUAUUUGGUGGUUGUUUGAUCAAUAAUCCUUAGAGCAGUUUUGUAAUUAGGAGAGAUUUUAUAAUGCAGUAUUAAUUUAUUGUUGAAAAUUUCUGCGAGGUACAUAACUGGUCCUAGAUUUCUUGAUGAAAUGGCUCCUUUGGCAGUAUUCAAUGUAAAACUUAUUCUUACAUAUGCCUCCGAGAUUCCAUUCAGUUUAAUGGCCAGUUCAUUUUAGCAGUCCAAUCAAAACACUCAGAUUCUAAUUGUUUAUUGAAUACAGCAACAGGUUGGUCUACAAAUUGGAUGAAGAAAGUAUUCAUACUUCAGUCGUUACUUACAAAACAUGUUUCCAAUGUAAUGUUAUUGCUUUUAAGAAAAUAUUCAUACUCUGUGGAUAAUUUUUUAGUUCAUGUUUCCAUUCACGUUGAUUUCCAUAUUGUUUUAAGAAAAAAGAUACAUUUCAUAGAAGAAAUAUUAAAUACAGAACUCAUACAUGUACCACAUAUUCAUUAUUGUAGCUAUUUGUUUACCAAAAAAGAAUUAUGUUUUUGUCGUUGAUUGUUUUUGCGAAAACUGCCAUGUUUUCUAUGAAGUUAUUUUUUAAUAUUUGCGUACAUUUAUACAGCUUUUGCACGAGUAUGGUUUGGGAUUUAAUGGUAAAAAAUAUAAUAGCAGCUUUUGUAAUUUAUUCAAAGACAAUUUGCUGUCCAACUAGGAAAUGUUUUGUUUUGCCUCAAUUGUAAAAAUAGCUUCAUAGAUUGUUGUUACUAUUAUUUGUAGAUCUUGUUAUUGUACAGUUAACAAAUUGUAAACUACUGAUUCCAAUAGAUUGACCCUUUCUUGAAUAUAAAUAUUUCGAAUUUCGCAACAGCAUUAUGGAUACAUGAGCUUCCAGGGGCCGUAUUCAUAAAGCAUCAUAAGUCAUUUCCUAAGUUGAUUUCUUAAAUUUUUCGUAGUCAAAUUAACAGAAAUGUAUAAGUGCGUUUAACAUUAAAGUACGGUAUGUUUUCUUUCAAUAAGGGCAUGAAAAUAAUGUAGCGGUAUUUUGGAAAUGCUUUGGAUUUUUUUUUUUUCAAAUUACUAAAGAGAUACUAAAAUUAGGAAAGUGACUUAAGUUAGAAAAUGACUUAAGAAGUUUUAUGAAUACCGCCCCAGGACAUGAUAGAGACCAUUCAUGUUUGUUAAAUUAUGCAACUCUGAAGAUGUAGAACUUGGACUUCAAGUUAGCUAUUAUAAGUACAUGACAUGUAUCCUUAAGAAAAGUUAGGAAUAAUUAGUGUCAUACCAUUUUCCUGAAGAGGAUAUGACAGUAGAUAAUCAUAUGUUGUUGAUGUUUAAAUACAAAACUUAUGUUACCUGUAUUAUUAUUAUGGUUGUGAACAGUAAUAUAGGAAUUCUUUACAAGUGAAGAAAAAAUGAAACAGUUUCUGUAUUUAAAUGGCUUCUUUCGUAAAGCAUUAAAUUGUGUGUGAUUUAAUAUGUGACCUGCCAUUACGGAAAAGGACUUGAUGUACAUGUAUUUUUGGAUGUUUAAGUAAUUUCGUAGAUGAUUUACCUGCAUCCUGGGUUUGGCCGCAUGGGACCAUAAUGGUAUACCACACGUAUAUGGAAUACCACAUUUUGAUAUUACUAGCUGUCUAGUCAGUGCUGAUAAGAAGCAUAUAUUUCAUGUUUGACAUAAAGUAAUAUAUGACAAUCUUUAGUGACUUAUUUGAGAAAAUCAUUCAUUUCAUAACAUCAUGUUAACUUUUAGUUUAAAUAGGUAGAUUUUUCUUUACAAACAAGUAUUUUACUUUCUUUGAAAAUACCAAAGGUUGUAAAAAUCAGAUGUUACAGGAUUAUGUGGUAUGAAUUCUGUAAAGUAGGUUCUUGGCUGAUCAAUAAGGCAGCUUAGGCAUCUGAAAUUCAAGACAUUAUACAAAUAAGCAUUUAGAUAAUUUUCCAUCAAAUGUAAAUGCCCACAGCUGUUGAAAUGUCUAUUCAUCGCGACACAAAUCAAUUUUUAUUUAUUUUACUCAUUCAUUUCAUUAACAAAUAGCAUCAUUUCAUUUAUCUUCAUUUAGUUUUAUGAGGAUGCCUUAGAAUUCCGCUGUGUAAAUAGAAGGAGUUGUUUUCAGCUUAAUGGUUUUUCUAAGAGAAAAAGUUAGGCAUUGUUAUAGCUUCGGUGUCGAUGUUAGUGUCAAAAAAACAAAUGGCCAUGACAAAAUAAAAAAUCGAGUUAUCCAAAUGAAACCUAGUACACAUGUUACAAGUGACUAUAUGCAUAUGUCGAGUUUUAUAAGUCUGGUUAUGAUUAUAGUUGAGUUCUGCCCUUUAUUGGCUUAAAAGAUCAACAGAUGGGCAUUGGCAUCUAUUUGCGGUGCGUUUGUUUGGAUAAGCCAUGUCUCAAACUGUAUAUUUGCACAUAAUUAUAUUGUUAUUUAUUGUAUGAUUUUCAUUUGUUUUGUCUGAUGUCUUAAAACAACUGAUCUGUUUAAUGCUUAAAUUUCACGCUAAAAACAUUUAACCAAUUCAGUAUCAAUAGAUGGGUCCUUGUAAAGUUCACUUCUUACUCAUUCAGUUGCAUACUGCCAUUCAUUGAUAUUCGGAACACCUCGGCCAAUUUCCAUCCGAAACAACCUUGGAUGUGUGCCUUUACAUGUAUGCCUGUAGAAGUAGUUCAUAAAAUUUUAAAUAAUAGUAAUAACUAAUUGUUGUGUUUCAACAUGUAUUUUUUAUUUCUUCGUUUAAGUUGAUUGCCAGAAAAGUGUGUAUUGCAUUAAUAAGAUUCUCAAGAGUUAAGUCAUUAAGUUUAACUGCUCUAUUGAAAGUACUAUGCGAUCUAUCUGCCAUGUAGUUAAACUGUUAAGAUUUCUGACAUUGUAAACCGCCCAUAUAAAUUUGAGGUUGUUUUCGAUGGAAAAUGGCCGAGGUUUGAAUGAAUGAUUUUUAUUCACAACCAUGGCAUGCACUACCUCAUUUUAGUAAGGCGUAAAAAAAUAUUUGUUUGUUUCCACUUACCCAACCAACCCUGUUUUUUCCUCCUGACCCCAAACUUCUCUUGCCAUAGUGUGGAUCCUUAAAAAUUUGCAUUUUUUGUUAUUGUUAAAGUUUGACUAUUUUACAUCUGAAAUUGUCUACAAAAGUGUUAUACCCUGAUAUAGGCCAGUAUGGUACAGAAUCCCAGUUCUCAUAAAACAAAAAAAAAUAGUAAGAAAAAGUUAUGCCUACCUACCUACCCUAUUUGUUUUUGAGAUCAUAGUGGAAACAAAGAAUUAUUUUUUUGGCCUUAUAUGUUAUCAUAGAAACCUAGACAUAUGUAAUUGUGCAAUGUUUUUGUCACUGGUCAAAAUUUAUCUGUAGUGCAGUCGCGCCAAAUAAGAUUUUCGUAAUUAGUGGCACAAGUUGGUACAGGGCGCACAUGAAAAACUUUGAGCAUUUAACUUGCAAUGUAAGGCUGGAGUCGAUGUAUUAAAAUUAUCAAAAUCUGAUCAGUUGUCCCUGUUUGCCUUUAUUGUAAAGUUGACAAAUUAUGUGAAAGACUUGGGGUUUAAAAAAUGAAGGCUAUGGUGUUGAUCUAGUUUUUGUGUUGUGUUUCACAAUUGAUUGUUAUUUUAUUGCAUUCUGUUUAAGAAUACGAAGAAAGAUCUUCAUUGUUUUAAAGCUGCUGUGACUACACUUGUGUAUAACUUGGCAAUGAGCUUCAAAAUGAUACUAUUAUAAUUUACAGUCAUUGUCUUGUCUGGUAUGUGUUUUUCGGAAUAAGGGUCAAAUUGUGAAUCUUAAUGUAGUAUGAUAUUGAAAUUGAAAUAAAUUCAUAAAAUAUUACAGUCA